UAUAACUGAAUGCAAUUUGUCAAACUCCCAGAGAUGUGGCGCUGCAGUUAAAAUGGAAUUGCCUUCGCGUCAAUAGAAAAAUUCAUCAUCCCUUUUGUCUUAUAGGAAAGCUAUUCCUUCUUCACACUAGUCUACUGCAAAAUUAUCUGAGAUAACGACAAAUUCACUCUUUUUAUCAGCGUCAUAUAUUGCACAAAUUCGUUUCUUGUGCAUCUGGGGGCUUCAUCUAAGUGGUGAAGUAAAUUCGCCUGACAGAAUUCAAAGAGGGGAAACAAAGUCUUGGUUGCCGUGGAGAUAUAAGCUUCUAUGCUAAGCUAAUAGCUACAACCGUCUUUUUGGUGAAAUGGCGGAGGUUCAUAUCAUCGGCCAGCUCGUCGGAGCCGCCGGUUUCCCCCACAACAGCCUCUUUUGCAAAUGGGGAUUUCACACGGGAGGAGCGUGGCGUCUGCUCUCGGGCUCCAAGCAGGGUCAGACUCAGGUGGACGACCCCCAGACGGGAGACACGGCGUACUGGAGCCACCCCAUCGACGUCCAUUACGCUACCAAGGGGCUCCAGGGCUGGCCCAAGCUUCACCUCCAGGUGUGGCACCAGGACUCGUUCGGCCGAUGCCAGCUACUCGGAUACGGCUACUGUCACGUCCCCUCCAGCCCCGGGCAUCACAGAAUCAGCUGUGGCACCUGGAGGCCGCUCGGCUCGUGGUGGGAGCAGCUGUCGCGAAUGUUCGUCGGCGGAGGCCCGCAACUCCGCAGCCCGGACAUCAUCUACAGCGGAGCGGAUAGAUACAGACUUCACACCGAGACCAUGGGCACCGUGAAGCUGGAGCUCGGCGUUAUUAUGAGAAACUUUGACAAACAUGGAGUGGAGAGUUAACAAAAGAACCUUCCACAUUUCUACCUUUUUGCACUUCGACUCAAAACGUUGCUACUGUUUUGUUAUUUUAAUAAUAAUAAAAAACUGAUUGGAUGUUGA